AUGAAGCAGAAGUUUCGCAGUGAGAUUAAACUGCAUCCUCAAUGGAACCGUAUAUACGAUGUAGGUCAUAUAUACUGGACUGGUGCUCUUCAAGAUGGACGAGACCGUGGCAAAUUUGAUUAUUUUUGCCCUAUUGGGUGGAAAAGAUAUGCAUUUGAUGUUAAUGAUAAUUUUGAUGAGAAGUUUAAAGGUGGGUUGGCACCAGCCAGAUGCGCAGCACUAGGUAAAGGAAUAUAUGCAAGUCAAUCAAUAAUUUACACAUCUCAUCCAAGAUAUGCUGAAGUUAAACAAAUUGAAUCAAAAGAUGAAAGGAACUUUUUUAAAAACGGAAAAUAUGUUCAAUUUGUAUUACAAUGUCGCAUUCUUUCCAAAAAUAUAACAGUAGUGGGACCUGAAACAUUAGGAGUUGGAGGGAAAAUCGCUAUUGAUACGAAUGUAAGCAAUGAUGUUAUUGAAUGGGUUGUCAAGGCUCAAGAUAAAGAUCUAAUGGAUUUCAGUGAUCCGAAUGCUACUAUUGUUUGUACAGGACUAAUGAUACGUGUUACAGAUAAUCAUCCUGGUUUGUUACCUGAAUCACAAUGGUGGUAUUCAGGGCACAUCUGUGAAAGAAAGGCGUGUUGCUGCUUAGGUAUUGAUCUUAGUGAACUGAUAAAACAAAGAAACGAUGGAGUCAAAUGUAAUUUUAUAUAUGAGUAA